CUCCCGGUGCCGGGCCGCCCAGUCCCCACGGCCGCUGACCCUCCGUCCCCACAGACAGGCCGCGACUGCCGGACAACUACACGCAGGACACGUGGCAGAAGCUGCACGAGGCGGUGCGGGCCAUCCAGAGCAGCACGUCCAUCAGGUACAACCUGGAGGAACUGUACCAGGCUGUGGAAAACCUGUGUUCUCACAGAGCCUCACCGAUGCUCUACAAGCAGCUGCGCCAGGCCUGCGAGGACUACAUCCAGACCCAGACGCCCCCGCUCAGAGAACUCUCUCGACAGCGUCUUAUUCUUGAAGAAGAUCAACACAUGUUGGCAAGACCACUGCAGACAGAUGAUCAUGGUCAGGAGCAUCUUCCUGUUCCUGGACCGCACGUACGUCCUGCAGAACUCCAUGCUCCCUUCCAUCUGGCCAGGGAUAUGGGGCUGGAGCUGUUUCGAAACCACAUCAUCAGCGACAAGAUGGUUCAGAGCAAGACCAUCGAUGGGAUCCUACUGCUCAUCGAGCGGGAGCGGAGUGGUGAGGCUGUGGACAGGAGCCUGCUGCGCAGCCUGCUGAGCAUGCUCUCGGACCUCCAGGUAUAUAAAGACUCAUUUGAAGUGAAAUUUUUGGAAGAAACUAACUGUUUAUAUGCUGCAGAAGGCCAAAGACUGAUGCAGGAACGCGAGGUUCCAGAAUACCUUAACCAUGUGAGCAAGCGCCUGGAGGAAGAGGGGGACCGCGUCAUCACGUACCUGGACCACAGCACACAGAAACCACUGAUUGCUUGUGUGGAGAAACAGCUAUUAGGAGAACACUUGACAGCAAUUCUACAGAAAGGGCUGGACCACCUGCUGGACGAAAACCGGGUGCCCGACCUCACACAGAUGUACCAGCUAUUCAGCCGGGUGCGUGGAGGGCAGCAGGCACUGCUGCUGCACUGGAGCGAGUACAUCAAGACUUUUGGGACGACGAUUGUCAUCAAUCCUGAGAAAGAUAAGGACAUGGUCCAGGACCUGCUAGAGUUCAAGGACAGGGUGGACCACGUGGUGGAGGUGUGCUUCCAGAGGAACGAGCGCUUCGUCCACCUGAUGAAGGAGUCCUUUGAGACUUUCAUCAACAAGAGGCCCAACAAACCUGCGGAGCUGAUCGCCAAGCAUGUGGACUCCAAGUUACGAGCAGGCAACAAGGAAGCAACUGACGAGGAGCUGGAGCGGAUCCUGGACAAGAUCAUGAUCCUGUUCAGGUUCAUCCAUGGUAAAGAUGUAUUUGAAGCAUUUUACAAGAAAGAUUUGGCAAAAAGACUCCUUGUUGGGAAAAGUGCCUCGGUCGAUGCAGAAAAGUCCAUGCUGUCCAAGCUGAAGCACGAGUGCGGGGCCGCCUUCACCAGCAAGCUGGAGGGCAUGUUCAAGGACAUGGAGCUUUCCAAAGACAUCAUGGUUCACUUCAAGCAGCACAUGCAGAACCAGAGUGCCCCGGGCCCCAUCGACCUCACUGUGAACAUCCUCACCAUGGGCUACUGGCCUACAUACACGCCCAUGGAGGUGCACCUGCCCCCCGAGAUGGUCAGGCUUCAGGAGGUGUUCAAGACCUUCUAUCUGGGGAAGCACAGCGGCCGGAAGCUCCAGUGGCAGACGACGCUAGGCCACGCCGUCCUGAAGGCAGAGUUUAAGGAGGGGAAGAAGGAGUUCCAGGUGUCCCUCUUCCAGACUCUGGUGCUGCUCAUGUUCAACGAGGGGGAUGGCUUCAGCUUUGAGGACAUCAGAAUGGCCACGGGGAUAGAAGACAGUGAGCUGAGACGGACGCUGCAGUCGCUGGCCUGCGGGAAAGCACGGGUUCUGAUUAAGAGUCCAAAAGGGAAGGAGGUGGAAGACGGAGACAAGUUCAUCUUCAAUGGUGAUUUCAAGCACAAGUUAUUUAGGAUAAAGAUCAACCAGAUCCAGAUGAAGGAAACUGUUGAAGAACAAGUUAGCACUACAGAACGAGUGUUUCAGGAUAGGCAAUACCAGAUUGAUGCUGCUAUCGUCAGGAUAAUGAAGAUGAGGAAGACCCUGGGUCAUAAUCUCCUGGUCUCUGAAUUAUACAAUCAGCUCAAGUUUCCUGUGAAGCCUGGUGACUUGAAAAAGAGGAUAGAAUCUCUCAUAGACAGAGACUAUAUGGAGCGAGACAAGGACAGCCCCAACCAAUACCACUACGUGGCGUGAGGGCCGCACCGCUGUCUCUGGGAAGCAGACAUGAGGAGCACUGGUGGCUGCGCAGCAGGGCCACUAUGCCACCAGGCCCGUGACGGCACCGGUGGGCACUCAGACUGGACGGCAAGGACAUGAUUCUUGAGUUGUCCUUCCCACGCUUGAGGACUUUCGGAUGCCACAUGUAUCUUUCCCUUCCAGUUCUUCCUCUAGUUCUUUUAGGCAUUUAAAUUGUUUCUGUUGCUCUGUGCAGAACAACUUCAAGGCUGGACACGAAGACGUCAGUGAGCGGAGUUCCUUCUCGGGUCUGAUCCGUGGUGUGAUUGUUCGUGCACGACAGAGGCCCUCAGUGCUGUGUUACGUUCUGUCACAGCCAGGAGCAGAGCCCUCACUGGCGCCCACGCUGGUGAUGAUUACGCGUCCUAAGCACUGGCCUCUCUGUCCUUGUCCUUCCCUCAGAGGGUCUGGCCUUUGGUGACUGGUGUUCUGUGAUCAGGUUUCUAGCUGCAGCCCCACGUGCCAAGACAACCUGUGCCUGCCGCACUCCGCAGCGCCAUCGCCUGGCCACGCACAGCACGGUCCUGCCCAGCCAGCGGAGCCUCCUGUGCGUGUCUCUUGAUGGGUGGGAUAGGUGUGUCUGGGUCUCCCUGCCGAGAUGGAGUCUGGCAGCCCGUUUUGGCAUGGGGUCGCUGCUGUUUGAUUUCAACUGCAGUAUUUGUGUGAUUGCCACAAUAAAGUCUGGUUUGGUUUCCCAGCCCUGCGCAGGCACUAUUCUUGCUCUCUGCCUGCGCUGCCUGGAGUAGGGUCUCGCAGCAGGCGUGUGGCCUCAGCACCUGACAGCACCCGCAGGUGGCUGGGUCACAGCAUGAGAGGGUUCUGUUGGUUACAGGCUGGUACAGGCUGUGCUCCUGCUCGGGGAGACUGCAAAGGACGCAGAAGUUCAGUGGUGAUGUUGGGGCGGGGCGGUGACAAAGAUGCUUUUGUGGGGACAUUUAAAAGUGCUUUAUAUUUUGCACAACAGCAUGUUUCAUUUUGAUGAAAAGCUACCAAAGGAAUUUUGAUCAUGAUAUAAGUGUUAAAAGCAAUAUUUUCUGGAAUAUACCAACUUUAUAUAAUUUGAUUUUGUGCUAAAUUAUUCUCCCUUUUUGAAACAUGCAUGUUCAAAAUAUGCUCUUUUGGGUUCCCAUACGAAAAUCCUUGCUCUUUUAAGUAUCAUCAUUUCUAUA